CGUGACCAACACAGGCGUGAUGUCGUCGGUAAUGGUGACUUGGGAGUUCCCUUCGGCUUUUAGUUCAUGCCGGCAUGCCGGUGGUUAGUCACACGUUUUAACUCAGACUUUUUAAAUUUAAAAAAAAUACAUCUUCCAAGUGCUAUUAUUCAUCGUAUUACUAGAAAAAAAAAUAUUUGUAAUCCAUUAAUCAUCUUAAUACUCAAUCAGAAUCUGGAAAUUUUAAUAUCGACUCUCGGCCGGAAGGAUCUUCGGCUCGAGAAAAAAAAUAAUGUCAUCAAACAGCAAAACGAUACCUUCAUUUGUUAUACGUGAUCAAAUUUAUACUGAUGAAAGUAUAAUGACGAAGUGUGAUACCGAAGAAAUUAAUCAAAAACAUUAUAUACCAAAAAUAAAAUGGCUAGAUCUUAGUGUUCAAAUAUUUAUUCACGUUGGAUGUCUUUAUGGACUCUAUCUUAUGUUUACGAAGGCAAAAUUACUCACAUCAAUUUGGGCUUUCGUGAUAAUUUAUACUUCUGGCUUUGGUAUAACAGCAGGUGCUCAUAGACUUUGGUCACAUAGGGCUUACAAAGCUAAAUGGCCUUUGCGAUUACUUCUCGUGUUAUUAUUCACGAUAACAGGUCAAAGACACGUAUAUGCGUGGGCAUUAGAUCAUAGAGUUCAUCACAAAUAUAGUGAGACAGAUGCUGAUCCACACAAUGCUAAAAGAGGUUUUUUCUUCGCUCACGUAGGCUGGCUAUUUACUGAACCUCAUCCAGAUGUAGUAGCUAAAAGAAAAGCCGUUGAUAUGAGUGACCUUAUUGCUGAUCCAAUCGUCAUGUGGCAAAAAAGAUAUUACAUUCCUCUUUUUGCUCUUCUUGCCAUUGGAUUACCUGUUUUGACACCGUGGUAUUUCUGGAAUGAAUCACUGUGGACAUCAUUUUGGGUCAGUUUCAAUUUUCGUUUUUGCGUUACACUAAAUAUUGCAUUUUUUGUUAACAGUGUUGCUCAUAUGUGGGGUCAAAAACCUUAUGAUAAAUACAUUUCGCCUGUUGAAAAUAUAGCUGUAUCUAUUGCUGCUUUGGGUGAAGGUUGGCAUAAUUAUCAUCAUGUCUUUCCAUGGGAUUACAAGACUAGUGAACUUGGCAACUAUUCAUUUAACAUAACAACAGGUUUCAUAGAUGCUUUUGCCAAAUUUGGUUGGGCUUAUGACUGUAAAUCAGUAUCAUCAGGAAUGAUACGUCGACGGGCUAAUCGUACAGGUGAUGGAAGCCACAUAAAAAAUAUAUGGGGAUAUGGAGAUGAUGAUAUUCCACAAGAAGACCUUGAAGAAUUAGAAACAAUGCAAACAUAAAGAAAUACAAUCAAAAAUUUUGUCAAAACUUGUCAUUGUACAUAACUUUAUGAUACUUUAUUAUAAUUAAUGCACAGUAUAUUUUUAUUAAAUAUCUAAAAUAACA